GUUGGGCGGCUGCUGCUGUAAACUGAAGGUCGCGUUUUGUAUGAGACCUUGACUUUUUUUUUGUUUUCCUUACAGUAUAUUUUUAUACACUUCAUUAAAAAAACAUGGUGCUGGGGAAGGUGAAGAGUUUGACAAUAAGCUUUGACUAUCUCAGUAACAGCAAUAUCCCCGUCUAUUCUAGCGGGGACACAGUCUCAGGAAGGAUCAGUUUAGAAGUUACUGGGGAAAUUAGAGUGAAAGCUCUUAAAAUUCAUGCAAGAGGACAUGCAAAAGUACGUUGGAGCGAAUCUAGAAAUGCUGGAUCCAACACUGCCUAUACACAAAAUUACACCGAAGAAGUAGAGUAUUUUAACCAUAAGGACGUUCUAGUCGGGCAUGCAAGAGAUGAUGACAAUUCUGAAGAAGGUCUUCACACCAUUCAUUCAGGAAGGCAUGAAUAUGCAUUCAGCUUUGAGCUUCCACAGAUACCACUUGCUACCUCAUUCGAAGGCAGACACGGCAGUGUUCGGUAUUGGGUGAAAGCUGAAUUGCAUAGGCCUUGGCUUCUACCAGUAAAAUUAAAGAAGGAAUUUACAGUCUUUGAACAUAUAGAUAUCAACACUCCUUCGUUACUGUCACCUCAAGCAGGCACAAAAGAAAAGACUCUAUGUUGUUGGCUUUGUACCUCAGGCCCAAUAUCUUUAAGUGCCAAAAUUGAAAGAAAGGGCUACACCCCAGGUGAAUCAAUUCAGAUCUUUGCUGAGAUUGAGAAUUGCUCUUCCCGUAUGGUGGUGCCAAAGGCAACCAUUUACCAAACACAGGCAUUCUAUGCCAAAGGGAAAAUGAAGGAAGUCAGACAGCUUGUUGCCAACCUCCGUGGGGAAUCCUUGUCAUCUGGCAAAACAGAAACCUGGAAUGGCAAACAGUUGAAAAUUCCACCUGUUUCCCCUUCAAUCCUUGACUGUAGUAUAAUCCGUGUGGAGUAUUCGCUGAUGGUCUAUGUUGAUAUUCCAGGAGCUGUGGAUUUAUUCCUUAACUUACCACUGGUCAUUGGUACCAUUCCUCUACAUCCAUUUGGUAGCAGAACAUCAAGCGUAAGCAGCCAGGGUAGCAUGAACAUGAAUUGGCUUGGUCUGACACUGCCUGAAAGACUAGAAGCACCUCCUAGCUAUGCAGAAGUGGUCACAGAGGAAAACAGACAGUCUGGCCUUGCACCUGUAGCUGCUUUUGAUGAUUUUCAGAGAGCACUGCAAGGACCAUUAUUUGCAUAUAUCCAGGAGUUUCGUUUUCUGCCUCCUCCCCUAUAUUCAGAAGGCCAGUUCUCUUCAACAUCUUCAUAAACGACUUGGAUACAGGACUCGAAGGUAUACUAAGUUUGCCGACGAUACUAAAAUGGGAAGAGCUGUUGACUCCCUCAGAGGCAGAGAGGCCCUGCAGAGAGACCUUGACAAAUGAGAGGGCUGGGCAAUCACC